CCAGUUCGGCGAACUGAAUCUUGUUUUCAUGUUAAGUUCAAAUUUAAUGUAUUAUAAAAGUACAGAGUACCCUUUGUAUUGUAUUUAUUAAUGGUGUUAUGAAAUAAAUAGUAAAUGUGCAAACUUUUCUCGAUUGUUCGAUGUUUUACCAUUAUUAAUAAAAUCACUUCAAACAACCUUUACCGCUCCAUUCAUUCGUUUAGAACAAUGGAAAGAACAGAAACACUUUCAGGAAGGCUUUCACCAUUAGUUCGGCCAACGCAUUAUAAUCUAUUUUUACGUCCAGACCUCAAUUCAGGCCUCUUUCAGGGAACAGUCAAAAUAGAUAUUACAACAAAGGAAGAAAAGAAUUAUAUAAAUCUUCACACAAAGUUUUUAAACAUAACUUCUGUAAAAGUUUUAAAAAAUAAUGUAGACAUACCAGUUUCAAAAUAUAUCGAAAUCAAGCAAGCAGAACAGCUUUCAAUAAACUUUGAUAAAACUCUUGAAACAGGAAUAUAUAACAUUGAAAUUGACUUUAAUGGGGACUUAACUCAUAGUUUUGUGGGAUUUUAUCUAUCUAAAUUAAAAGAUAAUAGAACUAUGGUUGCAAGUAAAUUUGAGCCCACUUAUGCUCGACAAGCAUUUCCAUGUUUUGAUGAACCAGAUUUCAAAGCUACAUAUGACAUAUCUUUAGUAAAACCAUUGUCAUAUGUGGCUCUAUCCAAUAUGAAUGCGAUAUCCAGCAAAGUUGAAGAUGAUAGACAAUUUGAAAUUGUUACUUUCGCAACGAGUGUACCAAUGUCUACUUACCUAGCUUGUUUUGUUAUUUGUGACUUUGAUUUUAAACAAAAUGAGAUAAACUCUAAUGGGAUUGGGAAGAACUUUAUACUGAGGUCAUUUUCACAAAAGCAUCAAAUGCAUAAAAUUGAUUUUGCACAGGACAUUGGAAAGAGAGCUACAGAAUUUUACAUAAAGUAUUAUGAAGUGCCUUUCCCUCUGCCCAAGUUAGACAUGAUUGCCAUCCCUGAUUAUGUCUCUGGGGCAACUGAACAUUGGGGUCUUAUAACAUAUAGAGAAACAUCUUUUCUGGUUGAUGAGACCACAGCCUCUUCAAGAAAUAAGAUCAAUGUUGCCAACACUGUAGCACAUGAGCUGGCUCAUAUGUGGUUCGGUAAUUUAGUUACAAUGAAAUGGUGGGAUGACUUAUGGCUUAAUGAAGGAUUUGCAUCAUACAUGCAAGUUAAAGCACUGAAUGCCAUAGAACCUUCCUGGACAAUGAUGGAUCAGUUUUUAAUAAAGACAAUGCACUCUGUAUUGGUGACUGAUGCAAAACUUUCUAGUCAUUCAAUAGUUCAGUCAGUGGCGACCCCUGAUGAAAUCACUGCAAUUUUUGAUUCAAUCUCUUAUAAUAAGGGUGCAUCAGUUUUACGUAUGUUGGAGGGAUUUAUAGGUGAGGAAAAUUUCCGUCUAGGAGUAUCGGACUAUUUAAAGAAAUACAAAUAUAGCAAUACCAUCACAAAAGAUUUGCUGGCUUCCUUGGAACCCUACUUCAAAAAGGAAUAUCCGAACCUCAGUAUCUUCUACAUAAUGGACACUUGGACCAGACAGAUGGGUUAUCCGCUGCUUACAUUGUCCAAAGGCGACCAACCCAACCAAUAUGUAGUCACACAAAAACGAUUCCUCUUAGAUCCAGAAGUCACAUCUACAAACGACACGGAUUAUAAAUAUCGUUGGUUUGUACCGAUAACUUAUACAAGUAGUAAUGGUACCAACAGAAACAUUAUAUGGUUUCCAGAUACAGCAGAAAAUGUGGUUGUGACUGUUGGAGAAGCUGAAAGUUGGAUUAAAAUAAAUAACAAACAAAUAGGCUAUUAUAGAGUGAAUUAUCCGUUAGAGAUGUGGCAAAAACUUAUUGAGCAACUUAAAGCGAAGUCAGAACAGCUCACAAUAUCGGAUAGGUCACAUCUGUUAGACGACGCGUUCGCGUUGGCCGAGGCUCGCGUUAUCCCUUAUGACGUGGCCCUUUCUCUCAGUUCGUAUUUACGCGUAGAAGAGGACUACGUGCCGUGGGAGACCGCCGCCAGAAUAUUCCUGUCACUCUCCGACAAACUGACUAAUUCGCUCUCCGAUAACUUAAAUAUUUAUGUACAACAACUUGUAAAGCCUUUGUACGAAAAACAAAUUUGGCAGAAAACCAAUCUCGGUGUUAUCGAAGGUCUAUUACGAACAAGGAUUUUAUCGUUGGCGACACGUUGCCAGCUACCUGAUGCGCAGGCUAAAGUCAGAACUAUGUUCCUUAAUUGGCUUAAUAGCCAUGGCACUGAAAACGUACUGACCAUCGAGACGGAUCUGCGAGACUUUGUAUAUUACUACGGUAUGCAAUCUGCCACACAGCAAGAGUGGGAAAAGCUAUGGAACAUAUAUCUGGAAGAGGAAGAUGCCCAAGAACAAACGAAACUGCGGCAUGCGCUCGCUGCUCCAAGAGACACCACCAUACUACGGAAAUACUUAACACUGGCGUGGGAUGAGAAGAACAUUCGAAGCCAGGACUAUUUGACCGUGGUGGGGUAUAUAAGCGGGAAUCCGUCUGGAACGGCGUUAGUAUGGGACGACGUCAGAACCCGUUGGACGGAACUGGUCGGCCGGUUCUCCCUCAACAGCAGAUACCUUGGAAACUUGAUACCCACCGUCACGUCAUCGUUCAACACUCAACUCAAAUUAAAGGAGAUGGAAGUUUUCUUCGAUCAAUACCCCGAAGCGGGCGCAGGUGCGGCUUCGAGGCGUCGCGCUUUGGAAACCGUCAAAAACAACAUUAAAUGGACAGACCAUAAUCAAGCGUCUGUCUUGGACUUCUUGAAGAACCACCAGCAGAUCUAGUUCGAUGAAAUUAUGCACUAUUUUUACAAAUAAUCGCGAAGGUGUAUCGUGGGGAGGACUCUGCACUUCACUAUUUAUGUUGGUGCUUUUGUUCCUGUUUUCACUCGGUUAUUCGUAUUUGCUAUUUGUUAACUUGACAACAGUCUGCCCUUAUAAUACUUUUUAAGAAAUGAGAAGGAGAGACUUAUGUCAUGUUUACAAAUAACAAACACGAAUAGCCAAGUGAAGAGCCGGCAUUGAAAACGAAGGGCAUUGCAGAUCUAGAGGCAAGAGGUCCUCUGUCAAAGUGCUUAUUUACUUUUUCUUUAAAUCACGAAGGAUACAUACACCUUUAAACUCGCUCAAUUAUUUGGCGCUUAAAAUUCUAUUUAUAAGACCUCAUGCUAUAGUAGCGCCAGCUACCAAUUAUUAGGAUACAUUUUAUUAAAAACCCAUAUUGGCAAUUAAUCAAUGAGGGUUUUCUGGAAUGACAAGUGCCAGAUGGCAGCACCGACCCGAAAGGUCUAGUCAUCCGACAAACCUCGGCAUAAUGUAUCGAUCAAUUUAAAUGCUCGUUCGAUUAAUUCGCGUCUUAAACUUCACACAAAACCUCAUGUCACAGUGGCACCAACGGGUGACGUACAUUUUCCUGAACACCCUCAUUACAUCGGUAUUCAUAAUAAUAUGAAACCAGCACCGUACAGGUAGAUAUAUACUUAAAAGUUAGCUAUAUUUUUUUGUACAAUAUUUAAAAUUUGGUG